AAGUCCUUUCCGAAGGCCAUGACGAUCAUUGACUAUUUAGAGCAGUAUCAGCGACAGAAUAUUGACAAAAGCACAAAUCUUGACUACAAGCGUUCUGAUAUUGAAUCAUUCCUAACGGGCAUGAAUAUAAUUUACGAGCCGCCUGCCUGUCUUGGCAGCGCCCCGCGCGUCUUCAGAGUCAACGGGCUUUGUAAGGUUCCGGCUAGCACUCAGACAUUUGAGCUGGAUGGAAAAGAAAUGACCGUUGCAGAGUACUACAAGUCUCGGCAGUAUAAUUUAAAGUUUCCGAACCUUCUCUGCUUGCAUGUUGGGCCGCCGUUGAAGCACAUUUACUUGCCUAUCGAACUAUGUCGCAUUGAGGAUGGGCAGACACUGAAUCGCAAGGAUGGAGCUAAUCAGGUGGCGGCCAUGAUUAAGUAUGCUGCCACUUCCUCCAACGAGAGGAAGGCCAAGAUCAUCCGCUUGAUGGAAUAUUUCAGGCACAAUUUAGACCCGACCAUCAGCCACUUUGGCAUACGUCUGGGCAGUGACUUCAUCGUCGUGAAUACACGCACGCUCAAUGCGCCUCAGAUUGAGUACAAAAACAAUUUGGCCUCGUUGAGGAACGGUUCGUGGCGCAUGGAUGGCAUGCAAUUCCUUGAACCCAAGCCAAAGUCACAUAAAUGGGCCAUACUCUACGGCAAGAUUAACUACCUGUAUGUGGACGAGCUUCAGAAGAUGGUAAGUUCUUUGCAUUGCAUUGCAGGAUCCUGCCUAAUUUUCGUGGCAGGCUCUUCAGAAGAGUCGCAAAGUCAAUCUGUGCCUGGAUGCCAAGGCCGAGAAACUGUAGUACAAGGAUGAACUUCAUAAGUUCCAACAAUCCUACCCCGAGCACAUAAUCUAUUAUCGUGAUGGCGUAAGCGAUGGCCAGUUUCCCAACAUCAAGAAUAAAGAGUUGAGAGGAAUUUCUGCCGCCUGCAGCAAGCUGCACACUAAGCCCAAGAUUUGCUGCGUCAUUGUAGUUAAGCGGCAUCAUACGCGCUUCUUUCCGAACGGAGUUCCAUCGCAAUACAAC